CCCUUCGCCCCCUCGCCCCCCUCCCAUCCGGCGUCUACGGGGAAUAAGCGAAAGGAGACGGAGGAGAAGAGAGGAACAGAGGACAAGGAGGACAUGCCGAGGGGAAGAGUAUGAACCCGGUGGAAUACGUGGAGAAGUCUCGGUUCGGGAACGCGCUCAGACGAUGCAGGGAGAGUCGCCGGCUCGUGUUGGUCAUCGUCGCCAUCGCCCUCCUCUUGGACAACAUGCUUCUCACGGCUGUCGUCCCCAUCAUCCCUUCUUUUCUGGCGAUGAUCCGUCAAAAGGAUGACGAGAAGCUGCUGCUGGAGAAGAACCUCACCAGGACGGCAGAGGGCGACGCCUGGAACGACUACGACAAUUUCACGUCCUCCACGUCCAUCCCUCAUGACACCGAGGAACUCCCGCCUUGCCACGUGAACGAAACGAGAGCGAGCGGGAAGCUGGAGCAUUACGAAAUCGUGAACGAGAACGUGGAAGUCGGCUUUCUCUUCUCGUCGAAGGCUUUCAUUCAACUCAUCGCCAAUCCCCUCGUGGGGCCGCUCACAAACAGGAUCGGGUACAGCAUGCCGAUGUUCGUGGGGUUCAUCAUCAUGUUCCUGUCCACAGUCAUUUUCGCAUUCGGACGGACGUACGGGAUCCUGUUCAUCGCUCGAGCUCUUCAAGGCAUCGGAUCUUCUUGCUCCAGCGUUUCUGGAAUGGGGAUGCUGGCGGAGAGGUACCCGGACGAACAGGAGCGGGGGAAUGCGAUGGGGAUCGCCCUGGGGGGCUUGGCUCUAGGCGUCAUGAUCGGACCGCCGUUCGGGGGGUUCAUGUUCGAGUUCGUCGGGAAGUCUGCGCCUUUCCUCGUCCUCGCUUUCCUCGCUCUCGCCGACGGCAUGCUGCAGUUGCUGAUGCUGCAACCGAGGGUGAAGAAGCAGGAACAGGAAGGCGCUUCCCUGAUGCAGCUCAUCAUGGACCCUUACGUCUGCAUCGCUGCAGGAGCGAUCACGUUCGCGAACAUGGGAAUCGCGAUGCUGGAGCCCUCGCUGCCCUUGUGGAUGAAGUUCACCAUGUGCGCGCCGGUGUGGCAGCACGGCGCCGUCUUCCUCCCGGCCUCCAUCUCCUAUCUCAUCGGCACCAACGUCUUCGGACCCCUCGGUCACAGGAUGGGAAGGUGGCUCGCUUCCAUGCUCGGUCUCAUCAUCGUCGGCAUCUGCUUGAUGCUCGUGCCCCAAGCGACGGAAUUCCGGGACCUCAUGGCCCCGAUGGCCGGCUUGGGAUUCUCCAUCGGCAUGGUCGACUCCUGCAUCAUGCCCGAGCUGGGACACCUCGUCGACCUGCGGCACUCUGCCGUCUACGGCACCGUCUACGCCAUCGGGGAUGUCGCCUUCUGUCUCGGAUUCGCCGUCGGUCCUGCUCUAUCGGGGGAAUUGGCGAAGAACAUCGGCUUCGAUUGGAUGCUCUAUCUCAUCUCCUUUAUCUGCUUCGUUUAUUCUCCGCUUUUAUUUUUCAUACGGAGUCCUCCGACCCGAGAGGAGAAAAAGAAGCUUGGAAAUGAGAAUUUUAGGGGGGUUUUGUCGCUGACCGAACUCGGGGAUGAAAGGCCCCCGUCGAGGACGGAGGACGAGCCACUUUUGGAGCUCGCGUUCUUCCCCUCCCGGGAUUCCCCGCCGUUCUGGGACUUCUCCGACUUUCGCGGGUCCAGGGAUCGAUCGUGA